AUGGCACGCCGCAGUGCUGGUGUGAUCGCAUGUGCCCUCGCUGCCGCCGGCAUGCUGGCCUCACUGUGCUUCGUGGCUCCCAGCAGCCCCCUCGCAGCUGCUCCGCGAACGGAAGGAGGCGUCGUCCGUCUGCAGCCUCGUUUCGAGGGCAGCUGCAGUACCUUCGCCUCCGCUGUGGGCGCAGCUGGAUUGCUUGUGCUGGCGGGUCGGCAGAUUCGAACUGCACGAAAGGCUGAAAAGAUCAACAGCAAGAUCGACCCUGAAUCGCCGAAGGUUGUGACGAAGGAGGACCUGAAAGAAGGGGACAAGCGGGUCUAUUGCCGCUGCUGGCUCUCCGGCACCUUCCCGCUCUGCGAUGGAGCCCAUGCCAAGCACAACGAGGCGACCGGAGACAAU